AUGAAAAUCAAAGUUCCUCCUAUUGUUGCGAUUAUAAUUUUAAUCGUACCUAAUUCACUAUUAGAAUUAAUGGAAGCGACUGGUGCUGAUGUUUCAGGAUACGCAGGGGUAGUCUUAGUUGCCAAACUUCAAAAAUAA